AUGAGCAUACCCAACUCUUCCGCCUAUCGAUCAGAGCGCAGUUUCCACCAGACAUCUUCCUCUUCCUCCUCAUCCUCGACAAACCCAUAUAUGGAGAAAAGCCGAGGACUCUUUGCUGAGGACUUUGGAUCUUUCAUGCACUCAAAAGAUGCUUUGGGAUUUCCAGGUAAGUACAAUACCAGUCGAUCAGGACCAGCAGGAAAUAUUAAGACUUUGGGAGACACAUACCAGUUCACAGUGGAUGUGUGUGAUUUCUCACCUGAAGAUGUGAUUGUCACCACCUCUAAUAAUCAGAUUGAAGUUCGUGCAGAAAAGCUUGCUGCAGAUGGCACAGUGAUGAACACCUUUACUCACAAAUGUCAGCUACCAGAAGAUGUGGAUCCCACAUCUGUGACAUCAUCUCUAGGGCCCGAUGGGACUCUUACAAUAAAAGCACGAAGACAUCCAGCUAAACACGAACAUGUACAGACUUUCCGCACAGAAAUCAAGAUUUAA